GGAAGACGCUCAGGGGAUGAGGUCAUACCGAAAAGAGUAUAAAACUUCUUCUCCGCCGUGGCUGACACAGAAGGCAAGUGUGCUCCUUCCAGGCAGGGAAGAAUCUGCGUCUGCCACAGGUGCCCCACUGCUUGGAAUGUCAAACAGCCGUCCCAGCUGAGACACCACAAGAGUUGGACCUCCAGCCCAAGCAGCUCCUGUUCCCACCAAGGGCCGGUGGGUGAUUAUUCCAAAAGAUCACUGCAUCAUCCUUCAUCCCACAACACUGCUGUCUUGGUAACUGGCUGUUGCAUUGCUCAGAUAACCAUACUGUUGCGAUUGUCCUGGAGACCCUUCAUCUGAUACCUCUGUUGCCCAGCAAUCCCAAGUCAGUCUCUCCCAUCCACCUGAGGAUACAAGGAACCAUGGGAAUCCAAAGACCAUUUCUGGUAGCCAUCUGGAUCCUGCUGCUGUGCCCUCGGGGUUCGCCAACAAGCGUAGGGCACCCUUUGCCUGUAUUUCUCAAAGAUAAUCCCGUUCACUUGUCUCCCUCGGGGAGCAACCCCCCAGCAGUGGUCAAAGACAAGCCUUUGUUGCCUGCUCCCGCCAAAUCUUCUCAAGAAGAGGAGGAUUAUUACGAUGACUAUCUUUUCACCACGGACCCUCUGGAAAUGCCUCGCUCUCCACAGACGCCCCCUCCGCACUGUGACUACCACCACUGUCGCCAUCUUCAAGUGCCCUGUGCCGAACUGAAAAAUGCCCACGGGUGUUUGUGCCCAGGCCUCACCAGUCCAGAUGUGGCCCCAGAGCCACCGCACCUGCAAACUGUCCACAUUAGCGAGGGUGGCAUCAGUUUAUAUUGGUGUGCGCCGUCCUCUCCGGUGGAGAAAUACCAUGUGAUGUACCAGGCGGUUGGGGAGGCCAUUGAGUCUGGCCCGGCCCUCAACAGCACCUUCCGAUUGGCGACAAUAUCGGGGUUAUUACCUGAUAAGCAAUAUUUGGUCUGUGUUAUUGCUUCCAACCAGGCUGGUCACAGCCCCACAGACAAUGGACAGAAGGAACAUGGCCCCUGCCGUCUGGUCCACACCCCUUCUCAUCAGAUGCCCUAUGUCUAUGUAGCUGCGGGACUGGCUGCCGCCCUCAUCCUCGUGGUAAUCUCCGCCCUGGGUUGGCAUUUCUGCUUACGCCGGAGGAAACAUUUGCUCCACGGAUCCCGGGACAAUAUUUUGGACGGUGAGCCGGGCCUGGAUGGCACCACAAACAGCACCUUCCGGAGUGAGGAACACUUAUAACCGGAUCUCCAACAGAUCUCUCUCCAGAGUGAAGUGGAUUGGACCAGGCAGACAUUUCUUACAGACCUGGGAGAAGAACAGGCUCUUCAGGUUCUUGCUUCUGGUGGUGGAGACAGCAUCUGCAUGAGAGGUGUUGGAGGGAAGAAAGGGAAUAACUUCUUGCUGCCCCACAGCUUUUGAAAAAGCAGGUGCUGCCUCAGGGAUGGAGGAGUCCAUUUUGUACUACCAAUACUGGAAUUUGCAUCUUUUGCAUAUAUCCAUCCCCGAGAUCUUUGUUUGAGGAAAGGUGCUCAUGCAUAAACCGUGGCAACUCGGCCAGUAUCACAGACAUUGCCUCCCCCACAUAAAUAUACUCAGGGACAAAAAAAAAUGCAAUGAACUUAGCAUGUCCCCACCACACCAAAUCAGCAUGAAGACUCCAGAGUCUGCCUUUUGAUCAUUUGGGAGUGACCAGAAAGUAGAGGAGUGGAGGCACCCUGGUACUAAAGAUUCCCUCAAGAGAAGGAUGUUGUAUGAUUUCUGCCUAUUUAUGUAUUUAUUAUUUAAGUUUGAAAAUAAUGCAGAGGUACAAAGUUGAUCGGGGGUGAAACAAGAGAUAGUUAGAGCUGAAAAUAAAUACCUGUUGUGUGUGUCCUCAGCCAGUACCAUAGUGGAGAAAAUAUAUAUUUAAGGUGUCAAGUUUCAUAGCUGUUCUGGGGAUAGAAAAGUAUAUACUUGCUCAUCCAGAAGAACAUGGCAGCUACAAAUGAGUCAAGAUAUGUACUUGGCAACUGAGUCUGAUACUGGUUUACUAGGUGUGGCUUUCCCUAUAGCAUCGUUGAAGUUGUAGUUUCAUUAGUUGCUUUCUUCCCACAUACUCCCCUUUUUGAACUAUAGAAUUCUGAGUUCUUUGGGAUGGGGGAAUGGCUGUUUAUACCAGUCUGUACCAUGUGUGCAUUGAAGGCAGGCUGGAUCCCAUGAACCUGUUCUGCUAAGGAUCUGUUCUGCUUUGGCAGGAAGCGCAUCAACAUUAAGCUCUUUGUGCCAAAAGACUGUUAACAGAGCAAAUGGAUCGGGCACAAUAUACCUAAGCUCAGCUGUAAGCUCAGUGUGGAUCUCUUAUCACAGUGAUGGCGAACCUUUUCGAGACCGAGUGCCCAAAUUGCAACCCAAAACCCACCUAUUCAUCGCAAAGUGCCAACACAGCAAUUUAACCUGAAUACUG